AUGACUGUUGCACCUCUCGUUACCAGAUUGACUGCUGAAGCCUACCCAAAGGUUAAGAAAAAUCCUGAUUAUAAAGUUCCAGAUUCAGCAGAUGUCGAGUAUUUUCGGUCGUUUUUAUCUGAGGAUGAGAUGAUACAAUCAAAGAUUUCCGAAGAGCUCAUUAAUUUCAACCAAGAUUGGAGGAAAGAAUAUAGAGGCCAAUCUAAUCUAGUUCUUCUGCCAAAUUCCACUGAAAAAGUUUCCAAAAUAUUAAAAUACUGUAAUGAUAACAAGUUAGCAGUAGUACCACAAGGUGGGAAUACGUGUUUAGUUGGGGCAUCCGUUCCUGUAUUCGACGAAAUUGUCCUUUCUUUGAGCAACAUGAACAAAGUCCGAGAUUUCGAUCCUGUCAGUGGAACUUUCAAGUGUGAUGCAGGUGUCAUUAUGCGUGAUGCACAUCAAUUUUUGAACGAGCACGAUCAUAUCUUUCCUUUAGACUUGCCUUCCAGAAACAAAUGCCAAGUGGGUGGUGUUGUUUCGACAAACGCCGGAGGUUUGAACUUACUAAGAUAUGGAUCUCUGCAUGGUAAUGUCUUGGGUCUGGAAGUUGUCCUUCCUAAUGGCCAAAUAGUUAGUAGUAUCAAUUCUUUGAGGAAGAACAAUACUGGGUAUGACCUAAAACAAUUAUUCAUUGGCGCAGAGGGCACUAUUGGUGUCAUCACUGGUGUAUCCAUUCUUGCAGCGGCUAAACCCAAAGCCUUGAAUGCAGUUUUUAUUGGUAUUGACAAUUUCGAUACCGCUCAGGAGCUAUUUGUUAAAGCCAAAGGUGAGCUAUCGGAGAUUCUAUCCGCCUUUGAAUUUAUGGACCGUGGCUCCAUCGAGCAUACAAUCGAAUAUUUGAAAGGUUACGAAUUUCCUUUGACCAAGCAGCAUGAGUUUUACCUCUUGGUUGAAACUUCAGGCUCCAAUCAUGAGCACGAUUACCAAAAGCUGAGUUCCUAUCUUUCAAGUGCUUUAAAGUCCAAUUUAGCGACUGAAGGAGCGAUAGCUAAGGAUAGAGCUGAAUAUGAUAGAAUUUGGACUUGGAGAAAAUCUGUACCAGCCGCUUGCAAUUCAGGUAUUGCCCAAUAUCAGUUUGAUGUAUCCCUUCCUUUGAAAGAUUUAUACACUGUGCCUGAAGCAGUGAUUAAGAGGUUGAAAGAAUCUAAUUUGGUGAGCAAUGCACCUGAACCGAUCAUCGAUUGUGUUAGUUUUGGUCACGUAGGAGAUGGUAACAUUCAUUUAUGCAUCGCUAAAACAGAAUAUGCAAGAUCAAUUGAAGAUACACUAGAGCGCUUUGUGUAUGAAUACCUUGCAUCAAAGGAAGGUUCCAUCAGUGCCGAGCAUGGUAUUGGCUUUCACAAGAAAGGUUGUUUACAUUACUCCAGGAGUGAUAUCGAGAUCAGUUUAAUGAAAGACAUCAAACGCCAUUAUGAUCCAAACAGUAUCCUGAAUCCAUACAAGUACAUUUAA